AUGAAGAACCAACAGUUUGUGUUAUCGAUGCCCAGAGAACAGCUCAACGACGUAGCCCAAGUCCUUGUUACAUUCGCCCUUGGAAUUAAUUCACCCUUGCCAAGCAAAGAGGCAAAUGAGAAAACAAGAGCCGGCCAGACCCUCUACAUGAAACAAAGGUUCAAAUGGCAUAGUAUGGGGAAUGGAGAACCCAAAGGAUUGGGAAUUUUGACAACCGGAUGCAGGGAAUAUGACGUCCGGACGAUACAUAUACCUUGA